AUGGCGUCAAAUGAUGAAGUUGAACGACAAGCAAUAUGUCGACAAGGAUUUAUUGGAUCACUGUAUGAUAUUCGAACAGAUAAACUGGAAGGCACAAACUUAUUCAAAAAGAAAUUACCAGAAGAAUUCAUUAAUGUUAGAGACAAUCCUCAUACUGAUUAUGAACUACUUUUUCACAAUUCACAAAAGGAAACAUUCAAUAAAAUGAAUAUCGAAGCAAGUUUGAAAUUAAGCUUGCUGGGUGGUAUGAUCAAUAUAACUGGAUCGGCAAAAUAUCUAAAACAAACAAAAGAAGACAGUCGCACAAUUCGAGUUACAUAUGUCUACAAAGUGAAAACAAAAACAGAGCGAUUAUUGAUUUCAAUGGGUGGCUUGUCGGAGUAUUUUUCAGAAGAUGGGUUGGAAAAUCCCAAUGCCACACACAUGGUGACUGGAAUCAUGUGGGGAGCAAAUGUUGCUGCUACAUUUGAACAAGUAGUCGACAAUCAUGACCAAGUAGAAACAGUUGAAGGAUCAUUAUCAGUUGUAUUAAAAGCCUUGCCAAUCAGUGGUAAUGCCAAACUUGACCUUGAAAAUAAAGAAAAUUCUAAACAUGAAAACUUAAAAAUCAGUUUUUCCGGUGAUUUACUUAUCGACGAAUGUCCACAAAAUAUUGCAGAAGUCCUGAGCGUCUUCAAAAAAGUUCCGAGUCUAAUCAAGUCAUUGAAUGAUGGAAAAGGACAACAGCUUGUGUUUUUCUUGUAUCCAUUAAAACGAAUAGCACAAAUUUUCAAGCAUGAAUUACAAAUUACUAGAAUGAUAAAUGAAGUAUCACAGCUUGUCGUCAUGCGUAUUGAGAAUAUUUUUGAAGAUAUAUCAAAAGGAAAGAGAAAAUUCAAUGAUUUUCUUAACGAAAUUAAACCAUGGGAAGAUUAUAUUUCGCGUGAUUGGCAAAAUGAAAUUCGUGAGAAGCAGGUUGAGCUUAUUGCAGUUGAAUUGAAAACACAACGUGAAUUGUCAACUUUAUUGAAAAAUAUUCGUAGUGGUCAGGAAGAAGAAUCUGUAAUGGAAAGAUUACUAGACAACUUCGAUCGUGAAAAUCCAUGUUCAUCGAGAUCGAUUGAAAAAUUUUUGAAAGAUAAACGAAAUAUUAUAUUAAAAAUUGGAACAUUGAAAGGUUUUGAUCGUGAAAAACAUUUGUUGAAAGAAAUAUUUUCUCUCACAGAUAAAUUAUUGGAGCCGGAGUUAUACGAAAAAGAUGUGUAUCUUUUGCAUAUAUCGGACAAAUGGCAAACGAAAGACAAACUAAAUUGGUUAAAACAGUUGAGAUGUUUUAAACAUCUCAUAAGUUGUGAAACAGAAUCAAAUGAUACAACAUCUAAUUCUGCUUUUAUAGUUAUCGAUUAUGAUUUGCAUCAUUCUGAUUUGGAAAAUGAUGAACAUCGAGCGGAGAAAUGUUGUAUUUAUUAUGCAAAACGUGGAGCAAUCAAAUGCAGAGAUUAUUAUGAAGACUCAUUAAAAAAGCUAUCACGCAAUCAAAUUUCAUCAAUUUUAAAAGAAAACUCGAGUCUUUCACAAAAUGAGAUUGUAAAUUGGCAUAAAGCCUUUAUGAAUGAACAUCCAACAGGAGAACUUACAGAAGAUGAUUUUGUCUCAGAACUCACAAAAUUUAAUGAAAAUGGAAAUGCUAGAAACUAUGCCGAUUAUAUAUUUCCAGCAAUUGAUAAAGACAGAAGUGGUACAAUUAGUUUUUGUGAAUUUAUGAGUACUGUUGCGCUUACAUCAAAGGGUAACGCAGACAACGCGGAAAAGCGUCUUGGCUUGAUAUUUCACAUUAUCGAUAGCAGUAGUAAGAGUGGCGCUGAUUUCCAAGAACUUGUCAAGUUUAUUGAAGCUGUUACUACGUUGGUCAAAGGAGAAGAUGCUGUUAAUACAUCUGACAUAAAAGGCAUUGUCAAACAAAUGUUUCAAAUAUGUAAAAAAGAUGCAGAUGAUGGAUCUUUGUCAAAAGAAGAAUUUAUCAACUGGUAUGAACUUUGUCUUGAAUUUACAAGAAUUUUUUCUUUCUUCCUUUAGUUGCUUACGACAGAACAGAAAUAUAUGUUAUGCAUUUUUACCUGACAUUGUGGGUAAGAAAAUUCACCUAUUUCUGGUCAAUGAAAAUUUAAGAUUUCAUUAAAACGUAUCCGUUAUGUAGCUGUAAUUAACUUCCAGACGUUCCGCAAAAUUGUAUUUUCCCUGAAUAUAUUAAUGUGAACAUAGUCCCAAAAACAUAUGAACAUCCACCCACAAUUCAUAUAAAUAUGGGAUGUCCAAUAUGGCUGAAAGCUCCGAUUGUCUUUUUGUGUAGCUUCUGUUUAUAAUUAGGAACAUAUGAUUUUCUACCAGUUGUAGUAAUAACAAAGAGCUAAUGAUCCUUUACUAUUGCUACUGUACGUUUCAUUCAAAAUGGAAGAAUUAGAUAGAUUUGUGAGAUCUCUUUCUGUAAUAUAUUUUUUUAUCACAUUACUCAUUGUAAUAUGUGUCAUUUAUCUAAAACAGAAAGGUAUACAUCUGACAAAACUUUAUUAAGAGCAACUGACUAGAAACUACAACUAACAUAUCAUAAUCUAUUAUUACGCAUAGGAUGUUUACUCAACUUGAGAUUACAUAAAGCUGCAACUAUUGGGUUGGCACAUAAGUUCUGAGCAUUGGAAUCAGUAGAAUUAUAUCACCAAUAUAAAACUACAUUUUAAGGUAAGUAAUUAUAUAUUUUGAUAGCGCUCAGAUUUCUCUAUCACCCUGUGUAUUUCGCUCUUGACUUGCAUUUCUUGCUGAGAAAACAUUUUGACAACAGUGAAGCCACCCUCACUCGCAUUGACAAUAUCCGAAAUAUUUCUCCAUAAGUUCAAGUCAAGACCUGGAUAUACAGAACGAUCGAGCAUUUCAAGAGCUUUCACAAUAUGUUAUUACUUUUCUAAAAAAGUGGAUUAUUGUAUAGAUAAACAUUUUUUAAAUACGUGAGAAAGGAACAGAAAAUUGAGUUCCUAGGAAUCUGAGGGUAGGGUGUCUUUCCUGUAUUCAAAAUAUUUUUUCAGCAAAUAAAUGCAAGUCAGGACUUCAAUACACAGGAUGAUCGAGAAUUCCGAGCGCUAUUAGAAUAUAUAAUUACUUGCCUUAAAAUGUAGUUUUAUAUUGGUGAUAUAAUUUUACUGAUCCAAAUGCGCAGAACUUAUGUGCCAAUCCAAUAUUACGAAACCUUUUCUUCCGUUACCGAACUUAAAAAAUGGUUUCGUAUGAGAAGGUUCUGAUGAUGUGCUCAGAAUCAGAACCUUUAAAGGUUUUGUAGAAGUGAAGAAUCGUUUUUUCGGCAUUUCGAGUCAUUUGGAUGCUAUUCGGAAUCUGCCGAAUCUUUUUUGAAGGUUUCGCAAUUUGGUAUCUACCUUUGAAUCAAUUUUUAAUUUUCUUUCAAAAAUGGAAAUUUAACUUUGUCUAACUGUAAAUUUUUUCAUACAUAGCAUGUAGUGUAUAUGUCUAGAGUUUAUUUCUCAACAGAUGACUUUGAUAAUAGCUUAUAAUAGUAGAGAAAAUGUUUAAAGAAAAAAGAACUACUAUUGUAUAAACAAAUGUGUGCAAUGAAAAACAAAGAUCUUUUGAGUUUUAGACAUAUACAAGAAGAAAUAAAGUAUAUUCGAAAACAACUGUUAUUCUUAAAGAAUAUGUAUACAUUCCCUGUCGAGUUAAAAGAGUCAUAACCAACUUAAUUCAUUCACUAAUUCAUACUUAUAAAUACUAAACAAGAAGUAGGAAUCAUUUACUUCAUAUGAACUAAUGAAUACUUGUAGUAUUUAAAAAAGUGAUUUUCUUGCAGGGCUUAUCCGGCUAACGGUCAACCAGAGUGAUUAAAGUAGAAGCUAAAUAUUUUUAGAAACUAAUAACAUAGUAUUAUAGGGCACACCUUACUGUGUUAGGAAAUAUAUUUUAUUUCAUCUUAUCUUUCAACAGAUGAAGAAAAUAUUUUCAACAGUGUUGAUAUAUUUUUCAAAGAUUUUUCGUUUUUUUUGGUACAUAGAAAGAAAAUGAUAAAAAAACAUUACAAAUGCAACUGAAAUUAGAGCUGCGGUACAUAUUCAGAAUGUACAAGGUUAGAACUUUCUUAUUGUACAAAGUUUAUCUGAUUCAUGAUUAUUUGAAGAAAAUGAAGAUACUUUAAAACUUGAUAAAUUUUGGCGGGAAUGUGUUACCAAAAAGGGCUCUUAGUUUACUUUACUCUACAACCAUAGAGAAUGUUCUCGUAAUCGCUCAGGAUCUUUCGUUAACUUUCUAUGAGGUACCCAACAGUCCACUUAUUUUUCGGGUAUUCCUUUCUGUUUACAAAAAAAUUGCUAAUGCACUCACGCAACAGAUAUUUUAACAUGCCAUGUUUUUCUUUCCUAUGAUUGAUUUCCAAUUGCACAGAUCCCAUAGUGAUCGAUAUAGUGAUGAUGACAGAGUAACUUUUUCGUCUGCAAAAAAAGUAAGAGACGUUACAGAAAAAAGAUUACUAUAAUAGCAUUCUAUUAAACUGCGACCAGGUAACUCAACAAGGAGUUGUUUUCAAACACUUUCUACUCUAAAUAUAGUCAUUAACUUCUGACAUAUUAAACAGAUAUGUAAUUUAAAUAAUAGGACAAAUAAAAGUAGCUAAAUAUUAAGUACAGUAAAACCUCCCAUAGUGGACACCUCUCUAUAGUGGACACUUCGCGGUCCGACGGAGCGAUUUUUGCUGGAAUCGAACCUCUCCAUGGUGGACACCUCGAUAUAGUGGACACCUCCGUAUAGUGGACACUUUUCACGGUCCCGCGGAACGGGUUUUGCUGGUAUUGAACCUCUUCAUAGUGGACACUGCUUAAGAGUUUGAAGAAAAACAGUUUGACUUGAUGGUCAACAAUUUACGGGCAGCUAAUUUCAUCGAUAUCGAUUCUUACAUUCCUAUUUUCAACAUAUGGUUGCCAAUGAACAUCUAAGAAAACUAGUUGAGGUAGGCGAACAAGAAGUAGGAAGAUAAGUCUGUGAUGGAGAACACGUCAAUUUUGUCUGCAGUAUUGACAUUGAAGAAAAAUCUUCAUCUUUUUGUGUCCAUUGAACAAUUUAAGAUGUAAAGUGU